AUGUCCCCUUCCUGUUUACCGUCUCCGCCGUUGGAUGACAACAAAUCCAUCGCAUCACGAAAAAUAUCGAAGCCGGGAAGAUCUCUGAACAGAUCCUCCAAGAGAUCAAGCUCAUCGCUUGAACCCAGUUCUGGUAUCUUAGAUGGUAGACAUAAGCGAGUUUGGAAGGCGUGCGAAAGAUGCCGGAUGAAGAAGACGAAGUGCGACGGAGAAUCUCCUUGUAAGCGAUGUAAAGAUGAUGGGUUAGUCUGCACAGCUGGCAGCAGAAAAAAGACCGAGUUCAAGCAAUUGCCUCGAGGGUACGCCGAGGUUCUAGAGAACACCCAGUACGCUUUGAUCGCGACGGUGCAAAAACUGUACACCAUGCUGCGCAAUGGCGAGCAGUGGGACUUGGGCGAACCAGAGCUGAACGACCGCGCGCAACCCGUGAUCCACGAUAUCGCUUCCAAGCUCGGAUGCAUUCGAGCGUCGCCCGACCUCCCGUACGCCUUCCCGGAGGGCGAACAGGACUUUGCCGAGCUGCAAGCCCAGCUACAAAGCGCGCGGACGGCGUUGGCCGCGGAGGAGAAUGCCAGUCGCAAACCGUCCGAGGACCUCUCCUCGUACUCGCCGGGUCUGCCCCGCACGGAACGGGCGAGCAGCAGCGACAGCGACCACUCGAACGUGUCCAGAGAGUACAACCAGGCGAUGUGGGGCCCCCGACCGGCCGCUGCGACUCUGGCCCCGCGGAAGCCGGCGCCGUUGAACACCGCUCCGCGACCAUCCGCCUCUGCCUCCGCCGCCGCCUUCGACGAGGAGACGUACAAACCGUCCCGCCCGCCGGCACUGGACGCCGGCUACUCGAUGCCCUCUCCCGUCUACACCGACCUGAAGACCGAGACGCCCAUGUUCCACCACUCGUCGCCCUUCUCCCCGUGGUCGGGCGGCGACGACUUUCUCGUGGCCGCGCACCCGCUCGAGGUGACGUCGAGCUACCUGAAGCAGAUGCCGCCGCCGCCGCCGCUCGCGCGGCAGCCGGGCUUCGAUGCCGACAGCCUCAAAGCCAUGCAGAUGAACCCGGCCGCCAUGGGCUUCGCCAACGACGGGACGAUCCGCCCGGGGAUGCUGGAUUGCCACCCUGCCGGGUUCGACGAUCCGAUGGAUGCCAUGUUCGCGACCGAAUACAAGGGCCAGAUGGGUAUGGCCUAA